ACAGUGUAGGUAUAAGAUUUUAUUGAAAAUUUUCACGUGUGUGGCGUCGAUCUUAAUUACAUUUACAUUAAACAUGUAUUCUAAUUUCUUUGACCACAGUUCAACUCGUUUCGUCGGCCAAAUAGGCGUCAAAUCAAGUCGUCUGUUUUAAAAAAAUGAGUUCAAAAAAGGAAAUAAACGAAGACCUUGUUAAUGAGAGACGUAAAUGCAACUUUAAUAUUCAAGAAGUUACACAUAUCAUUGAUGGUGGUGUAGAGAAUACUCUACAAAGAAAGAAAAUCGAGGACGUUGCUCUGAAUGGAGGUGCGUCAUUGGACGACGUCCCAGAAGAAUGCAUGAACUUGAGGGAAAGAUAUGAAAACGCUUUAAGGAAAUCUUGCGUGUAUGCUAAUAUACUUAGAAAUGAACUCCUUGAAAUUACUGGUAUAGAAAAUUUCGGAACACCAGUCAUAAGACGUACUGGAGAUGCAUUUUUCAAGGACAUUUCACCAUUCAUGUUACACCUUGGGAUGUUCGUGCCAACAAUCAUGGGGCAGUGUACUGCUGAGCAGCAGGGAAUUUGGCUGCCGAAAGCUUUAGACAUGCAGAUCAUUGGCGCUUACGCACAGACGGAGCUCGGCCAUGGGACUUUUAUUCGAGGACUCGAAACAACAGCUACGUAUGAUCCUAAGACAAAGGAAUUUAUUCUUUACAGUCCUACAAUUACUUCAUAUAAAUGGUGGGCUGGAGGGUUGGGAAGGACUGCUAAUCAUUGUAUAGUAGUGGCUCAAUUGUAUACUCAGGGUAAAUGCCAUGGCGUUCAUCCAUUCAUUGUUCAGAUCAGGGAUUUGGAUACACAUAUGCCUCUACCUGGUAUAAAAGUUGGUGAAAUUGGACCAAGAAUGGGUUUCAAUACCGCAGACAAUGGAUUCUUAGGAUUCAAUCAUUUUCGGAUACCAAGAAUGAAUAUGAUGAUGAAGAACGCACAAGUGUUGGAGGACGGUACAUACGUGAAGGUUGCGAGACAUGGUAAAUUAACUUACGGGACGAUGGUGUUCGUUAGAGUGACACUGGUGAAUGAAGCAUCGUUUAAUCUUUCCAAAGCUGUGACAAUCGCAGUACGAUAUUCUGCUGUGAGAAGACAGUCUGAGUUAAGGCCAGGGUCCGCAGAACCGCAAAUACUUGACUAUCCAACGCAACAGCAUAAGCUGUUCAUUUGCAUAGCGACCGCGCAUGCCUUCCAGCUCACUGCGAAUUGGCUCUGGCACACCUUCACCGUCGUCCAGGCUGAAAUGAGAAAAGGAAAUAUCGAUACUUUACCUGAGCUUCACGCACUAUCGAGCUGUCUCAAAGCCGUCAGCACGUCGGACGCGGCGGCGUGCAUCGAACAGUGUCGAUUCGCGUGCGGCGGACACGGAUACAUGAUGUCCUCCAACCUGCCCUACCUGUAUUCGUUCGUAGCUGCCACCAGGACGUACGAGGGCGACUACACGGUGCUGCUGCUGCAGACAGCUAGGUAUUUGGUAAAAGCGUGGGAGCAAGCUGAAGCUAAAAAGAUUGUGACUCCAACAGUUGCCUACUUGAAUCGCUGCUUCGAUACAAAUGAGAAAGUCGCCUGGACUAAUAGUCCCGAGGGAAUUAUCAAAUCAUUUCAAGCUAUUGCUGCAGGGAAAAUCUCAUUAUGUGUUAAAAACAUACGACAAAGGAUAAAAACUGGAAUGGAUUAUGAGGACGCUUGGCUUAUGACGACUGUUCAACUUGUUAGUGCAGCUGAGGCACAUUGUCGUUCAAUGAUUUUAGAUACGUACUGGAAUGAGAUGCAGAGACUAACAAAAACUUCGAGUGAUAACGUAAAGAUGGUGUUGUAUCAGCUGACCACUUUAUACUUAGUAUACUGGGCCUUGGAAAAAUCUGGUGAUCUACUACGGUAUACGUCAAUUACUGAAGGUGACAUUGAUUUACUCCAGAAGGAGUAUGAAGAUUUAUUAGUGAAAAUCAGGCCUAACGCAGUGGGACUUGUAGACGCGUUCGAUUUAAGAGAUGAGAUAUUGCGAUCUACUCUCGGAUCUUACGACGGUCGGGUGUAUGAAAGACUCAUGGAGGAGGUCCAGAAGAAUCCUCUAAACAAAGUACCCGUUGACCCAAGCUUCCAAAAAUAUUUAAAGCCCUUUAUGAAAUCUAAAAUAUGAGUUUUGGAAUUGACGAACAAAAGCACAUAGCAGUUGAAAUGGUAAAAAAAUAAAAAAUUGAAAAAAUUAUUAAUUGUCUUCUGGGGUCUGAAUAUUAAAAGAUAUUUAUUGUAAAUAGGAAUGUAUGCAUAAUUAUCCUAAUGAAUUCUAUUUUAAUUGUUAAAUACGUAGUCUGGAUAAUCUGUGUUUAAAUUAAGGAAUUAUAAUGUACUUACUGUACUUAAUAGAUUUUGUAAUCGAAAUAUAAUAUAUCUUCGGUUUUCUUUGAUAAGUUAUUGCGGGGGAUUGUGUGAAUAAAGACUGAUAAAAUUUGU